AUCAGAUUUGAUAAAAUAGUAUACAGCUUCUGUACCUAUGAGCUGCAAGCUUAUCAUCGCCUGAUCACUUGAUGCAGCAGCCAGAUCUUCAAUUGCUGUACAAGGCACAAGGCAAACUGCAAUCGAAUUCUGCUAGUUGAGAUAUAGAACCUCUUUCAACUAAUUCUGAUUGUCGCUUUCUCUUGAGAUCACUGGCAAAAUGGUCUGCAUACGAUCAGCAACCAUGGAGGAUCUGUUGGCCAUGCAGAGAUGCAAUUUGCUGUGCUUGCCAGAGAAUUACCAGCUCAAGUACUAUUUCUACCACAUACUCUCUUGGCCGCAGCUGCUCUUUGUUGCUGAGGAAUGCAACGGCAAGAUCGUGGGAUACGUGCUUGCAAAGAUGGAGGAAGAGGCUGCUGAGACACAUGGCCACAUCACAUCUCUUGCUGUCGCUCGGACACACAGGAAGCUGGGAGUGGCAACAAAACUGAUGGAGGCAGCUCACAGGGCGAUGGAGGAAGUUUUUGGCUCAGUGUAUGCAUCGCUGCAUGUACGUGUCAUGAACAAGGGGGCGUUCCACCUGUACACACAGACGCUCGGCUACCAGAUACAUGACAGGGAGCCGCACUACUAUGCGGAUGGGGAGGAUGCGUAUGACAUGCGCAAGUAUCUGAAGCCGUCCAGUGCCUUGGCAGCGGCCAAUGGCACUUCAGGCAAGGCCAAGCAGGAGGAUGGCAAGCAGGCAGGAGGUGGCACCGCGCAGCAGAAAAAGGUCGACGGCGCGCGGCCAAAGAGCGGUGACAAGUCAAGAAAAGCCAAGGUGGAUUAUGACGAGGUGGACUAGGAGUAACAUGACAAACGCUCAGAUCUCCUGCACUCUGUCUACACAGUGCAGACUAUCAUAAGGAGCUCUGCAGUGUGCAAGAGCUUGCUGUCGACCAUUGGCUGCCAUCCGGCUACUUUUCUGAUAAUACCAUUACAGCGUUGCUUCCUUUAAUAUGCCGGCAAGUGCCAGCGGAUCCUAUUUGUCGCACUGAGUCCUCUUUGAGGCUCAUCACCGUGAGGGCAUCUAUUAUUUCUUCAGUAUCCACUUCCUAGAUUGACUACUGAUCCUGAUCCAUCGGUAUGGUGCCUUAUGUAAUCUUUUGGAUGUCUUUGCAGUUCCUUUGCACUCGGUGGCACAGUGAUGUGGCCUUUUCAAUUAGUACAGUGCCAUGCCAGUCAACAAACUCCAUAUGUGUGCUGCAACACAUGCCCAAUCAAGCCUCACAAAGGGGCCAAAUGAAAAUCACGAUCGGCAAUUCUGAGCAAUUGAUGUACACCUUAGACCUGGAAUUCAGCUCACAGCGCUGGCGCUAGGUGGUUCGGGCAGCCUGAAGUCACGGCCAGUGAGGGGGCAGAUGCUGGCUUCCCCAUGCUGGCGAUAGCAUUUGAAGCAGACCAGGACGCCGUUGGGGUAGACAGCAAACAUUUUGGUGGAGAUGCGUGUGUGGCAAGCCCGGCAUGCGCGCUCCUCUGUAGACACCACGCUCCGCUGCAUCAGCUCGGCGCGUUCUGCGGCGACAGAAAGGUGCAGGGAGCGGUGGAGGUUGCGUGUGAUGCUGGCAGAGCGGCGGUUGUGGAUGGCCGUGCGCAGCAUACGCGCAAGCACGUCCACCGCCACCGCUAGCGGCAUGUCUUCUGACAG